UGUAUUCCUCUCCAGAGGGAGAUCGUGUAACCAAUGGUUGCACUUCAAAGUGCACGCAAUAAAGUUACUGAUUAAUUUCUUUCAUUAUUCUGUCAUGAAAAAUCACAAUUGCGUUUGAAUGGACGACGUGACUGAAGCAACAGCGGUCAUGGCUGAUAAAAAUCCUUACAAGCAGUUGCUGAAGACUUUAGAAGAUAAUCCGACUCUUCGUUAUUAUGAUGUUACUCAAUUAGGAGAAAAAUAUGACCGACUACCAUUCUCGAUAAGGGUUUUAUUAGAGAGUUGUGUACGAAAUUGCGAUGGAUUUCAAGUGAAAACAAAGGAUGUUGAAAAACUUCUUGAUUGGGAGAUUAAUCAAACGAUUCCUGAAGGAGUUGAAAUAGCGUUCAAACCGUCUAGAGUAAUUUUACAAGAUUUUACUGGAGUUCCAGCAGUUGUAGAUUUUGCUGCUAUGAGAGAUGCUGUCAAAAAAUUAAAUGGUAAUCCUGAUAAAAUAAAUCCAAUUUGUCCUUCAGAUCUUGUGAUUGAUCACUCUAUACAAGUUGAUUUUACUAGAAGUUCAGAUGCAUUGAAAAAAAAUGAAGACAUAGAAUUUGAAAGGAACAAGGAACGUUUUGUAUUUUUAAAAUGGGGAGCGAAAGCAUUUGAAAAUAUGUUAAUUGUACCACCAGGAAGUGGUAUUGUGCAUCAAGUGAAUUUAGAAUAUUUAGCCAGGGUAGUAUUUGAUAGCAAUAGUCUUCUUUAUCCUGAUAGUGUGGUUGGAACAGAUUCACACACGACUAUGAUUAAUGGUCUUGGUGUCCUUGGAUGGGGUGUUGGAGGUAUAGAAGCAGAAGCUGUUAUGCUAGGUCAAGCUGUAUCCAUGUUAAUACCCAAAGUUGUUGGUUACAAGUUAGAAGGUGUUUUAAAUCAAUAUGCGACCUCAACAGAUUUAGUACUUACUAUUACUAAGAAUCUUCGGCAAGUAGGUGUUGUUGGAAAAUUUGUAGAAUUUUUUGGCUCUGGUGUAUCACAAUUGAGUAUAGCAGAUCGUGCGACAAUCUCCAAUAUGUGUCCUGAGUAUGGAGCAACGGUUGGAUAUUUUGCGGUGGAUAAAGAGAGUUUAGCAUAUCUCAAACAAACUAAUCGAUCAGAAGAACAUAUUGCGAAAAUAGAGAAGUAUCUGUCCGCUGUACGUAUGUUAAGAAAUUACGAUGAUAAAAAUCAAGAUCCUAUAUUCUCUGAAGUUAUUUACUUGGACUUAAAUACUGUAGUAUCCUGUGUUAGUGGCCCAAAAAGACCUCACGAUCGAGUAUCUGUACGUGACAUGAAGACAGAUUUUCAAUCUUGUCUUUCCAAUAAGAUAGGAUUUAAAGGAUACGGAUUAAAUAAGGAAAAAUUGGACAAUGUCGGUAUGUUCGAGUACGAAGGAAAAGAUUAUAAAUUAAGGCACGGAUCGGUGGUUAUUGCGGCAAUUACAAGUUGCACGAAUACUAGUAAUCCCAGUGUUAUGUUAGGAGCAGGUCUCUUAGCUAGAAAAGCUGUUGAAGUUGGAUUAACAGUAGCGCCAUAUAUAAAAACAUCAUUAUCGCCUGGUUCUGGUGUGGUAACGUAUUAUCUUCAAGAAAGCGGAGUUAUUCCGUAUUUAUCAAAAUUGGGCUUUGAUAACGUCGGUUACGGAUGUAUGACUUGUAUUGGUAAUAGUGGUCCACUUCCAGAAGUUAUAGUAAAUACCAUAGAAAAGAACGAACUGGUAUGCUGCGGCGUGUUGUCCGGGAAUCGAAAUUUCGAGGGUAGAAUUCAUCCAAAUACACGAGCAAAUUAUUUGGCAUCGCCACUUCUGGUUAUCGCAUAUGCUAUUGCUGGCACUGUUGAUAUUGAUUUUGAAAAAGAACCCUUGGGAUACAAGAAAGAUGGAACGGCUAUAUUUCUCCAAGAUAUAUGGCCUACAAGAAAGGAAAUACAAAAUGUCGAACAAAAAUACGUUAUACCGGCUAUGUUUAAAGAAGUAUAUGAAAAAAUUGAAAAAGGUAGCAGCAGUUGGGCAAAUUUAGUAGCUCCUGAUGGUAAAUUAUAUCCUUGGGAUGUUAAUUCCACAUAUAUUCAAAAACCACCAUAUUUUGAUAAGCUCGAGAAGGAGAUCCCUAAAUUAGAAUCUAUUACCAACGCACGUGUACUCUUGAAUCUUGGAGAUUCUGUAACGACUGAUCACAUUAGUCCUGCUGGUAGUAUUGCACGUAAUUCUCCAGCAGCGCGAUAUCUUUCGAGUCGUGGAUUAACACCAAAAGAAUUUAAUUCUUAUGGUUCUCGCAGAGGAAAUGAUUCCGUUAUGAUGCGAGGAACUUUUGCAAAUAUACGUUUACUCAAUAAAUUUAUUGGUAAACCUGGACCACGAACAAUUUAUAUUCCAACUAACGAAGAGAUGGAUAUAUUUGAUGCUGCAGAAAAGUAUAAGAAAGAUAAGACUCCAUUAAUAUGUUUAGUCGGUAAAGAAUAUGGUUCUGGAUCUUCUAGAGAUUGGGCUGCAAAGGGACCGUAUCUUCUUGGUAUACGAGCGAUAAUAGCUGAAUCUUAUGAAAGAAUUCAUAGGUCUAAUCUUGUAGGAAUGGGGAUUAUACCACUACAAUAUCUUCCAGGACAAAAUGCGGAAUCAUUAGGAUUAACCGGUUUAGAAAAAUUUAACAUCAUUCUUCCUAAUGAUUGUCAGCCUGGUCAAAAUAUUACAGUGACAACUGAUCAGGGAAAACAAUUCGAAGUUAUUGUACGUUUUGAUACAGAAGUUGACUUAACUUAUUAUCAACAUGGGGGUAUUCUUAAUUAUAUGAUUAGAACAAUGCUCUGAUAAGUUUUUUCUUUUCUUUUUUUUCUUUUUUUUUUUUUUUUUUUUUUUUUUUUUUUUUUUUUUUUU